AUGGAGGAAACUGAGCAACCGUCCGCGAGAGCGGGUGUACCGCGAACAACACAGGCGUGCCAACGCUGCCGGAACCUGAAGACGCGAUGUUUGCCGAGCGCCCAAUCUGGACUAUGUCAGAGAUGUUUCUCAGCCGGCAAGGAAUGUGUCUGGGCCGAAGCGCCGCGUAGAGCGAGGAAGCUGCGUGCACCUUCUCGAAUCGCGCAGGUCGAGCAAAAGAUCGAUGGCCUCGUAGCCAAGCUCGUCCAUGCGGCUGACAGUGAAGUCACAACAGACUCAGCAAAUGUAUCGCAGCCAAUCCCUAGAGAAAUUGCAGCGGAGCGUUGGCGGAAUCGGGGAGUAGUCAACACGGCGCCGGGUAGCUGGAUGCCGACACCAGCCUACGAACCGAACGCCGUGCCGCCCGACCAAAGUACCGACGAUGCGUCAGAGAGUGCCGAAGUCGAUCGACAGUAUCUUGAGGAAAUCCGCAACAUACACAGAUUUGACGACCGUGAAGAUGUUCCUAACGCUCGUGAGGGCAUCUUUAGGACUUCGAAACGACCCGAAGCUCCUAUCGAGCAUGAGGUUGUCCAGCAAUUGCUCACAUCCGGCGAAGCAGACACACUACUGAAAGAGUAUCGAAACAUGUCGGCCACAUUCCCUUUUGUUAUGAUACCGCCCCAAGUCACUGCAAGACAGCUCUAUGAGCACAGGCCCAUGCUUUCACUCGCGAUAUUUUUGGUGGCAUCAUGGGAACAUCACACACGCCAGAUGGCACUUGAUGGUAUCUUUCGUCAGGAGCUCGCCAAUAGAACAAUCUUGCAACCCCGAAGGACAUUGGGCCUAGUUCAAAGCGUACUGGUCUAUCUCUCAUGGUACCAUUUUGUCUUCAGCCACAAAACACAGCAAAUCUUCUUUUUGCAUAAUCUCGUCACAGGCUUGGCUCUAGACAUCGGCCUACACCAAGACUUUCAGCCUUUGAUCUCUCCAAUGUUGCCAAAGCGACCUCCAGCUCCACCACCACCAGCCGAGGAACUGCGCGAAAGACGCCGUGCAUUCCUAGGCUGUUAUUACCUUUCGUCCAUGGUUGCGGCGGGUUUACAGAAGCCGAAUCUGCUCAAGCAUACUUCAACCAUGACCGAGUGGGCGCAAAACUUGAAGCAGGAUCGCGAGUACGAAACGGAUGAGACCAUUAGCCUUUUGAUAUCUCUGCGACAGAUUGAUGAUCAAGUACAAGAUGAGUUGUUCACAGCUGACACUUCGCAACUGCCAAUGUCUGAUGGGCGAGCGUUGAUGCACGUUCGAUUCAUAGAUGUACAACUCGAUACAUGGAAACGGGAGUGCAACGGUGUCCCCUCUCAACGACUACUCGAACUCUCCUUCUCAUACGCCAAGAUGCAACUGCACAGCGUAGCCCUUCGGCCGUCUCCUUCGGAGUUACCGGCAUCGGUACGUUCAUCACAGAUCAACAGCCUACUCUCCGCUCUUGAAGCCAGCAAGCGCUUUCUGGAUACUUUGCUUUCAUUUCCAGCCCACGAAUAUCACCUCAUAUCGUUCUCGGAAUGGAUGCGAUUACCACCAGUCAUCAUGACGGUCGCCAAGCUAUGCAUACCCAGUGAAGACCAUGCCGCCAUCGGGUGGGAUACUCAAGCUGCUCAAGAAAGAGUGCGCCUAGAUCUCUGUCUUGAAUCACUUUGCUAUCGGAUGCAGACUCUAUCGACGUUCGAUAAAACAAAGCGACCCCACCCCGACUUCUGGCACGCUAUGCGAAUGAUUAAUGAACUGACAAAGAAUUGGUACAUUCGCAAAAUCCGACCGGAGCGGUCUAGCCAGACGCCACCAGGAUCUACGCCCAGCGACUCGGUUGAGCGGAGUGUGAGCGGAAGCUCAUGUCCCAUCACCAGCGCACCAACAACGUGUCCGACACGACACGCGGAAGAUCAAUACAAUACGCUAGCAGGCACCAACUAUAUGGAAGACUUCGGCAUAGACAUGAACCACGUCCCCGUGACCGAGGUUAGCAACGACCCCUUCGCGCUUAUGAGGGGUGCCGACUUCGACAUGAGCCAAUUCUUCGAUAUGGCGGGAGGUAUUUGGGGGGAGGAUAGCUACAACAACUAUACUGGCAUGUCUUUUGGAAACGGAGCACCGUUCUGA